GCCGCAGUCGGGGCACUGAGACGAAAGCCUAGCUCCUGAGCAUGGGAACGGAGUUGGCGUUUCAGAUGAUGCUGCGGUGGAGACAGCCGAGGAAGCAAAGGAGCCUGCCGAAGCUGACAUCAAUGAGCUCUGCCGGGACAUGUUCUCCAAAAUGGCCACAUACUUGACUGGGGAACUGACAGCCACCAGUGAAGACUACAAACUCCUGGAAAAUAUGAAUAAGCUAACAAGCUUGAAGUACCUUGAGAUGAAAGAUAUUGCUAUCAACAUCAGCAGAAACCUGAAGGACUUAAACCAGAAAUAUGCGGAACUACAGCCGUAUCUUGACCAGAUCAACAUGAUUGAGGACCAGGCAGCCUACAAGCUCGAUGCUUAUUCAAAAAAACUGGAAGCCAAGUACAGGAAGUUGGAGAAGCGAUGAGAAUCGUGUUCAUGUGGCUCAAGUGUUUGUUAAUAUGGAAGAUGUUUUAUAACCACUAAGUCCUGAGACUGACACA